CUUAUUGCUUUUUCUUUGCAGAUAUUUACAGAUGGAAUCACAAAUAAACUUAUUGGCUGUUACGUGGAUGAAAAAAUGGAUGAUGUUGUCCUUGUUAGAAUUUACGGGAAUAAGACGGAACUUUUAGUUGAUCGAGAGGAGGAAGUGAAGAGCUUCCGUGUGCUGCAGGCCCAUGGUUGUGCACCCCAGCUUUACUGCACCUUCAGCAAUGGCCUGUGCUAUGAGUUCAUGGAAGGAGAAGCUCUGGAUCCAGAACAUGUUUGCAACCCAGAGAUAUUUCGACUGAUAGCAAGACAACUUGCUAAAAUACAUGCUAUUCAUGCUCACAAUGGAUGGAUACCCAAGUCGAACUUAUGGAUAAAGAUGGGAAAGUACUUCUCUCUUGCACCUGCAGAAUUUGCUGAUGAGGAGUUGCAUGUGAGAUUUCUGCAUGAUGUGCCAAGCCGUCAAAUUCUACAGGAUGAAAUGGCAUGGAUGAAGGAGAGACUCUCUAAUCUAGGUUCACCAGUGGUACUUUGUCAUAAUGAUCUCUUGUGUAAAAAUAUAAUCUACAAUGGAAAACAAGGUGACGUUCAGUUCAUUGACUACGAGUACUCUGGAUAUAAUUACCUCGCUUAUGAUAUUGGGAACCACUUCAAUGAGUUUGCAGGAGUGAGUGAGGUUGACUAUAACCUCUAUCCAAGCAGAAAGCUGCAAGAGCAAUGGUUGAGAUCUUACUUGGAAGCCUACAAGGAAUAUAAAGGAUUUGGAACGGAUGUCACUGAAAAAGAGGUUGAGCUGCUUUAUGUCCAAGUGAACCAGUUUGCUCUGGCUUCUCACUUCUUCUGGGGAUUGUGGGCCCUAAUUCAAGCCAAAUACUCCACUAUUGACUUCGAUUUUCUAGGGUAUGCAGUUGUUCGCUUCAAUCAGUACUUCAAAAUGAAGAAUGAAGUAAUGGCAUUAAAACUUCCUGAGUAGAAUUUGAGAACUUGGUUAUCCGCCUGUUGAGAAGAUUCCUUACUGUUUUUGUCAUGAGUACAUAAUAGGAACAGCUCUACAUUUGUAUUAUUCCUUCCU